ACUGGUCCCAGACCACUCACUCCCUCUGCAAGUGGUAAUGGGUGGUGAUGGACACACUCAAAAACCCCUUCUUCUCUCCUCUCCCCACACAUAAGCCCCUGCAAAAACCCUCUCCCAAAUUCCCCAAGAUCACAAUAACCUGUUGCUUCACUCUAAGUGAUGGAAAUCAGAGACACUACAAUUCCCAGAAAAAGAAACCACUAUCAGAUAACAACGCAAGGAGAAUAAUCAAAGAGAAAGCAAAGUAUCUGAGCCUUUUGAGAAGAAACCAGGGUCCUCAAGCUCAAACACCCAAAUGGAUUAAGAGAACACCAGAACAAAUGGAACAGUUUCUGAAGGAUGAUAGAGAUGGACAUUUGUAUGGGAAGCAUGUGGUGGCCGCCAUUAAAACUGUGAGAAAGCUUUCGGAGAGAGCAGAGGGGUCUUAUGAUAUGAGGGAGGUGAUGAGGGGGUUUGUUAUGAGAUUGAAUUUUAGGGAGAUGUGCAUUGUUUUGAAGGAGCAGAAGGGGUGGAGGCAAGCUAGGGACUUCUUUUCAUGGAUGAAGUUGCAGCUAUCUUAUAGGCCAAGUGUAAUUGUCUACACAAUUCUUGUGCGCAUCUAUGGCCAAGUGGGGAAGAUCAGUCUUGCCGAGAAGACCUUUGUAGAGAUGCUUGAUGCAGGGUGUGAGCCUGAUCAAGUUGCUUGUGGUACCAUGCUCUGUGUAUAUGCUAGAUGGGGCCACUGCAAAGACAUGCUUUCAUUUUAUACAGCUGUAAGGGAGAGAGGCAUCAUACCUUCUGUUGCAGUGUUCAACUUCAUGAUUUCAUCUUUGCAGAAGCAAAGCAUGCAUGACACAGUGAUCCAAUUAUGGGAGCAAAUGUUGGAUAUUGAUGUGAAGCCUAAUCACUUCACUUACACAGUAGCUAUUAGCUCAUAUAUAAGAGAAGGCCUAAUGGAUGAAUCACUGGACUUAUUUAAUAAAAUGAAAAAGUCUGGAUUUGUACCAGAGGAACUAACAUACAGCCUUCUUAUCAACUUGUCUGCAAAAAAUGGUCGGGUAAACGAUGUGAUGGAACUUUACAAAGACAUGCAGUGUCGAGGGAUUGUUCCUAGUAAUUACACUUGUGCUUCAAUAUUGAACCUUCACUAUAAAAAUGGUGAUUACUCAAAAGCCCUUUCUCUCUUUCUAGAUAUGGGUAGGAAAAGGAUAGCUGCCGAUGAAGUUAUUUAUGGCAUACUUGUUAAAAUCUAUGGUAAGCUUGGCCUUUAUGAGGAUGCUCAGAAGACUUUUAGUGAGAUUGGGAAGUUGGGCCUCCUUAAUGAUGAGAAAACUUAUGUGGCAAUGGCCCAAGUUCAUAUUAGGAACCGAAAUUAUGGCAAGGCUUUGAGCCUCUUAGAGCAUAUGCGCUUUACAAAAAUUGAGUUUUCCAGUUAUGCAUAUAGUGCAUUGCUUCAAUGUCAUGCUGGUAAGGAAGAUGUGGGGUCCGCUGAAGCUACAUUUCUCUCUCUAACUGAAUCUGGUUUGCUUGAUGCAGCUGUUUAUACUUGUAUGUUAAAUUUAUAUGUAAAAGUGGGUCUUCUAGAAAAGGCCAAAGUACUUACUAUUCAACUAAGAAAUGAUAAAAUAGAGUUUGAUAUCGACCUUUAUAGGGCUGUUAUUAAGGUCUAUUGCAAGGAAGGAAUGAUAAAUGAAGCUGAAGAAUUAGUAAAUGCAAUGGAAAAUAUUGGGCUUGUCAUGGAUCAGUUCAUUAAGACAUCUUUGAUGGCUAUGUAUGGUGAAUGUGGAAGACUCCAGGAAGCGGAGAGACUCUUUAAGUCCUUAGAUAAUCCCGACAGUGUUGCUCUCAGUCUGAUGUUUUCACUCUACGAUGAAAAUGGCCAUGGGCAAGAAGCCAAAAGAAUGCUGAUGCUUCUACUUGAGAUUACAGGUGGCUUGUCUCUGGCGAGCCGAUUUAUCAGCAAAUUCAUUAGAGAAGGUGCAAUUAGCAAAGCUGUAUCUCUCUUUGAUGAAAUGCUUGAGCUUGGUUGCAUGCCCGAGGAUGUGGCAAUUGCUUCUCUGAUCAGUUGCUAUGGUCGGAGACGGCAGCUUAGAGAGGCUAAAUAUAUUUAUGAAGCAGUGUCAAACUCAUGUCCUACACUAGCAAGACCUGUUUAUAGCUCAAUGAUUGAUGCCUAUGCCAAGUGCGGUAAAUUGGAGGAGGCAUGCAGUCUUUAUGAAGUAAUGGCUGAGAAAGGAUAUGCUAAGGAUGCAGUCACUUCUAGUGUAAUGGUCAAUGCUUUUACCAAUCAUGGCAAGUACCAAGAGGCUGAAGAUAUAAUUUAUAAUAGUUUCCGAGAAGGUGUGGAGCUUGACACUAUAGCAUACAAUACUUUUAUCAAGUCCAUGCUAGAAGCAGGAAAGCUGCGGUCUGCAGCUGAUAUAUAUGAUCGCAUGUUGUCUGAAGGUAUUGCUCCAUCAAUACAGACAUAUAGCACUAUGAUCAGUGUCUAUGGCAAGGCUGGAAUGUUGGAGAAAGCUAUUAAGAUGUUUGACAUGGCCCAGACAUCGGGGUUAACUUUAGAUGAGAAAGUUUACACUAAUAUGAUAAGCUACCAUGGGAAAGCCGGUGAUACAGAAGCGGCAUCCUUGUUAUUUGCUAAGUUGAAAAAAGCAGGGAUACAACCGGGAAAGAUAAGCUACAACACUAUGAUCAGUGUGUAUGGUGCAGCAGGACUUCAUUUUGAAGCCGAGGAGCUUGUCCAAGCAAUGAGGGGAGAUGGGUAUUCUCCAGAUUCCUUCACUUACCUUGGACUAAUUCAAGCUUAUACAUCUUCUGGUAAAUACUCAGAAGCUGAGGAGAUUCUUCAUACAAUGCAAAAUGAUCAAGUGAACCCUACUUGUUCUCACUUCAAUCAAUUGGUUUUUGGUCUCGGAAAAGCUGGGCUUGUUAGUGAGGCUGAAAGAAUCUAUGGGGAAAUAAAGAGACGUGGUGUAUGGCCUGAUAUUAUAUGCCAGAGGACUAUGCUUAGGGUCUAUUUGGAGCACGGACAUGUAGAGAGAGGAAUAUCUUUCUUUGAGGAGAUCAGUGAGUGUAUUAGACCUGAUGAAUUCAUUCUCAGUGCUGCUGUUCACUUAUACCAGUCUGUUGGAAAGGAGAGUGAGGCUACAAUUAUUUUGCAUUCUAUGAAGGAUGAAGGGAUCUCGUUUCUGAAGAAUCUGAAGGUUGGGUCUAAAAAUUUUGCAGGCUGAUUGUUAUUUGUGGAUCACAGAUGAGAUUUGUGGUCGCAAGAGCUUGAGGUGGUUUAGGGUUCUGUCACAGUAUUUUCAUGUUUUUCUUGGCUUCAAUGGUUUUAUGGAUGAAGAAUAGCGCAAUAGUGCUGCCAAGUCUGGCUAUAUGCUGAAUGAUACAUGGUGAUGCUGAUGGCUAAUAUGGUACAUUAUAUAUGAUGCUUAUGAUGGUGAUGGUGAUGACGAUGAUGACGAUGGUGCUCAUGGUGGCAAUGGUGAUUUAUAUAUAAUGGCAUAAUGCUCGUCAAAUGAUGCUCUGUUUUCUUUGGAGACUAAUGGCGGUGGUUGCUAUACCUUGAAAAUAGGUGAUCAUGUUGAUGAUGGUGAAUCAUGGUGGUAUAGAUGAUCAUGUUGAUGAUGGUGAAUCAUGGUGGUAUGGUGGAUGGUGACUGAUUGUUGUAUUGCUCUUGAUAAUGGUCGUGGUCACAUAUUCUUAGAUGAUGAUGGUGGGAUACUGAGAAGCAUGCCUAUGCUGCAUGUUCCUCAUUUUCUUCAAGGAACAAUGGGCCAAUGUCGAAAGAUUAAUGACCAUGAGCAAUGUCAAAAGAUUCGACGCUCCUGCAGGAGCAUAUGCUGCCCAUUUACUCCCUUGGGUACUACUCAAUAAAGGGCCGUAACUUGGUGCUGGUGCUGCUUAUGCAGGGUCCUGGGGGUGAGAUGGAAAUGGUCCUAACCUUUGGUUUUUAUGCAUAAAGUGGUCGCUCUCAAGGCGCACACCUGCGCUCUUGUGUUGGCUACCCGAGCUUUUUACCGUCACAUCCCCUUCGAUAAAACUCAAUCUAGGAGUUUUUUUAAGACCCCAAAUUCUGGUGUUGUAACCUCUUCAACAUAGCCGACCUUAAAAAAAAUAAAAUAAAAUAGCAUGGCGUAUGGUUAAUUC